AAAGCAGAGUUACGUUUCUCUCUGAUUUCGUCCUUUGAUUAAAGUUCGGAUCGAAGGAUUUACUCCAGGGAUUCCCCGUGAACACUUGCGUUAAAGAAAAAGACGAGGGCAGCAUCUGAAAACCUUUAUAUUAUUUAAUGAUAUCAAACGGCUGCAUGUGGCCUCGCUAUUUGGGGAUAUGAAAAGUUUAUAAGCCCGCACUGGAGCCUGUCAGGACUCGACGGGGAGGGACUUUCUGGACACUGCAUGCGCAACAAGUCCAAGGGCGCUUAAAGUGCACGAUGACAGUGAAUGACAGCACGGCAUGCCGCAACUCAGGCGAGGGAAGGACUUUCAGUGGAUCGCGGCGUAAAUUUUGAUUCAUUCUGCUUCUGGCAAAGAAUGGAAGUUUGUCCGAAGUUUGAAAGCGCGCUGCUGGAUUUCUUCGCAGCGCGAUUUGGAGUUUGAAGAGUAUCAACAGAGGAUGGCGACGAGUCGGACACUGAGCAGUGACUUUACUCCCGGUUUUAAUUACGAGAUUAGUGCCGAAAGUUUUGUGGGGACGCAGCAGGUGAGCGGGAGAGCAUGAAGCUUCGGCUCAGUCGCAGGCUGCAAGCUGCUGCAUUGUAACGGAGGGCAAUGUGAAAUGGUCUCGAAUUGUCACAGACACAGCUGGGAGGACGUAACCUGAAAGGAGCGAGAAGACGAAUCUCAGUCCGCACAAUGGGAUCGCUGAGUUUACUGUGCGUAAUAGUCCUGCUGUGGAAGUCGAGCGUGGGCAACGGAAACUGUCCGGACCUGAUCGUUGACAGCUGUCACUGCUCCGCUGAGAGGUCCAAGGAGCUGAGCAGGCAGCAUGUCCGAGUCAAAGUAGUGUGUGACGAUGUGGACUUGAUGGACACUCUGCAGCCCAGUUUCUUACCCAACAGAACCGUUUCCCUAAACCUGAGCAACAACAAGAUCUCUCUGCUGAGGAACGGCUCCUUCUAUGGCUUGGCUGCCCUGGAAAAGCUGGACCUGAAGAAUAAUUUGAUAAGUACAGUGGAGCCGGGGGCCUUCCGUGGUCUGCUUGCUCUGAAGAGACUGGACCUGUCCAACAACAGGAUUGGUUGCCUCUCCCCUGAAAUGUUUCUUGAUCUUGGCAAACUCUCAAAAUUGAAUUUAUCUGGGAACAUCUUCUCCACUCUGACCUCGGGACUCUUCACACAUCUAGUGGCUCUCAGAGUGCUGCACUUCAGCACCGAGACCUUGUUCUGUGACUGUCAGCUGAAAUGGCUGCUGCUCUGGGCUCGACGCAACUCGGUGAGGAUUAGCAACGAUACGGUCUGCGUUUUCCCCACCCACCUCCACGGCCUGGAGUUUCGCAACCUACGGGAACAGCAGCUCAGAUGUGAUGGACCUCUGGAGAUGCCCCUCUUCCAGCUCAUCCCCUCCCAGAGGCAGCUGGUUUUCCGCGGGGACCGGCUCCCCCUGCAGUGCACCGCCUCCUACCUCGACCCGUCAGUGGAGCUGCGGUGGCGUCACAACGACCAGAUCGUGACCACGCAGGACGAGCACGGCGUCUACGUGGAGGAAACCCUGCUCCACGACUGCUGCCUGCUCACCAGCGAAGUCAUCCUCACCAACAUCGACGUGGGCAUCUCAGGCAUCUGGGAGUGCCUGGUGACCAGUUCCCGUGGCAACACUUCUCAGCUAAUGGAAAUAGUUGUUCUGGAGACAUCAGCGCCGUACUGCCCUGCUGACAGAGUCACCAACAACAAGGGGGACUUCAGGUGGCCAAAAAUCCUGGCUGGCAUCCUGGCAUUCCUGCCCUGCAAUCCUGCCACCUUUGGCUCUGCGCCCCACCCCUCUGGAAGCGCUCCUCGCCCCUCCAGCCAGAGGGAGAAGAAGGCGUGGAGGCGCUGCGACCGGUCGGGGCGCUGGGCUGAGGAGGACUACACUCAGUGCCAAUAUGCUAGCGAACUGACUCGCGUGCUGCAUGAGCUCACCCAGAUACCUAUUAAUGCCACCAACGCUCAGCCUUUAGGCCAGCAGUUGGUGGCUUUCACCAGCAGGGCAGCACACUUCACUGAUGUCAUGGAUGUCAUCUUCGUCACCCACCUGGUGGAGAGGCUGACGAGGCUGGUGGAGAAACGUAGAGAUCUGGGGGACUACAUAUCCGACAUAGCCAGCAACAUGAUGCUGGUGGAGGAGCACAUCUUGUGGAUGGCGCAGAAUGAGGCCAGGGCCUGCACUCGGAUCGUCCAGUGCGUGGAGCGCAUCGCGGACCUGGCGCUGACCGGAGACAAUCAGGUUAUUUCCAAGGUAUCUGCUAACAUAGCUCUGGAGGCCUUUCUGAUCCGGCCGUCAAACUUCUAUGGUUUGUCCUGCACGGCGCUCCAGCGGCCCCCCUCGCCCGCCGCCUCACCCCACUUCUCCGACGGACGCUCCCACGCCGACAGAGAGCGCGAUGUCGUCGGGGAGUCAUUGCUCAACUUCAAAUGCCACACUGUCAACAACAGCGGCUCGCCGGCCAGCCAGCUCAGCAGGAACUCAGUGGCAGUCGCCUCAAUCCAUUUACCGCUGGCUGGUACGCCUAUCUCCUCCUCUGCGUUGCAAUCUGUUGAUAACUCCACUUGCAAGCUGCAGUUUAUUGUGUUUCGCAAUGGGAAACUCUUUCCUUGCACGGGGAAUUCGUCGAAUCUCGCAGACGAUGGGAAGCGUAGGAGCGUUUCAACACCAGUUGCUUUCACCAAAUUAGAUGGGUGCAGCCUCGGGAGCGCCGUGCACUCCGUUACCAUCGCUCUCAGGCACUUCGCACUGGGUGUAGACCCCACCGCAGCCUAUUGGGAUUUUGACCUGCUGGAUGGACACGGUGGCUGGAGGGCAGAGGGCUGCCACAUAACAGCCUCCGGUGGCAACACGACCACUAUUCAUUGCACCCAUCAUAAUAACUUUGCUGUGCUAAUGGAUCUGAAGAAGGUGCUGUCUUUCCCCCCGUACCCUGGGGAGUUUUUGCACCCGGUCGUGUAUGCCUGCACGGCGGUCAUGUUACUCUGCCUCUUCGCCUCCAUCAUCACGUACAUAGUGCACCACAGCGCGAUCCGCAUCAGUCGGAAGGGAUGGCAUAUGCUUCUCAACUUCUGUUUCCACACAGCGCUGACCUUCGCCGUGUUUGCCGGCGGCAUCAAUCGAAUCAAAUACCCCAUCAUCUGUCAAGCAGUCGGGGUCGUGCUGCACUACUCGUCUCUGUCGACCAUGCUGUGGCUCGGUGUGACGGCCAGGAACAUUUACAAACAGGUGACAAAGAAGCCCCCGCAGAGUCAAGACGGCGACCCACCACCGCCGUCCCCGAAACAGCCCCUGUUGAGAUUUUAUUUAGUCAGCGGUGGGGUGCCCCUCAUCAUCUGCGGGGUCACGGCAGCCGUCAAUAUAGACAACUAUGGCAGCGGGGAGCAAGCGCCGUACUGCUGGAUGGCAUGGGAGCCGAGCCUGGGAGCCUUCUUUGGCCCUGUGGCCUUCAUCGUUCUGGUGACGUGCAUCUACUUCCUCUGCACCUUCAUCCAGCUCCGGCGACACCCCGAAAAGAAGUACGAGCUCAAGCAGCUGACGGAGGAGCAGCAGAGGCUGGCCGCGGUCGACGUGCCCACCCACUGCCACCAGGGAGCUGAGCCCGGAGCCCCACCCAGCGGGAGCCACUGCCCCGCCGGCUGCCCGGGCAUUCCCAUCAACCCCGCGCUGCUGGCCAAUGAGCACUCCUUCAAGGCUCAGUUGCGAACAGCGGCCUUCACCCUUUUCCUGUUCCUGGCCACGUGGACGUUCGGGGCGCUGGCCGUGUCGCAGGGCCACUUCCUGGAUAUGAUCUUCAGCUGCCUUUACGGUGCCUUCUCCGUCACCCUCGGCCUCUUCAUCCUCAUCCAUCACUGUGCCAAGCGGGAUGACGUCUGGCAUUGCUGGUGUUCUUGCUGUCCUGGACGCCGCGCCAACGCCUGCUCGGGAGCCCAGGGGGCGGUUCAAACGCGGCCCAAAGUCAACGUGAACGGAGAUACUCCCGGGCACGGCCACGGCCACAGCCACUGCCACCAUGACUCACCGUGUCAAGGUAAAGCAGUCAUGAGCUGCGGCCAUGGCAGUUUAGGUCACUGUAAGCACGCCGCCCUUCCGUCCUCUCAGAACCAUGUGACGUGUCUGGCGCCGGUGACGCCGUGCUGCGCCGCCCUGCACAGCCAGCAGCUGAUGGAAGAGGAGCCCGCCGCGACGCAUGUGCUGCUGCACGCCGAUCCUGAGGGUUACCGGCCGGGGAUCCAGCUGCACCCCUGCCUAAAAAGCAGCACCAGGACUAAAGGGCGUCAGUUCAGUCGCAGGGCCGGGGCGGGCACCUGCGCCGCGGGGGGUGAGAGGGAGUACGCCUAUCACAUCCCGUCCAGCGUGGAUGGAGGCAGCGUGCACAGCUCACACACUGACAGCCCCCACAGCACACACGAGCGCCAUGCCCACGUCUGUCCACACCUGGCCCAUGAGGGCCACCACGAUGGGCACCACACGUGCCACGCUGCUGCAGCCUCCACACACGAGUCCCUGGCAUGUCAUAAUCCCUGCCACCGGCACAUCUGCUGUGCCAAGGCAGACCUUUUCCCUUCUCUGUGCCCGGCAGAGGCGGGAGACACGGGGGUCUUCCUGUGCGGCUGCGGCAAAGUGGCCGAGGAGGACCCAAUGGCUACACAUCACCAUCUGGAGAUGCACGCACCCCGCAGACAAUCCUACCCCCAGAACCCGCCGAAUCAGAACGGGAUUCUAAAAGGGGGCCUUCAAGAAGGACUCCUGUACACCUCUGACAGCACAGGGAAUAUACGCACCGGGCCCUGGAAGAAUGAAACUACUGUGUAGUGUUGAAAGGAAAACCAAGGGAUGCAGACGGCACUACUGCCCCCGCCCGGCCAAAAUGAACCUUCACUUCCCUUUCUAGAAAUAAAAAAAAAAAAUAAUGAAAAAGAAUGAAUUGAAUAACGUUUUAAAGAUCACAAUCAGCGUGGGAUAUUUUUAUUUCAAUGUCCUCAUGUUUCUAUGUGUGCUGUUUUACUGUACAGAAAUCCGAAGUCAUGCAAACGCUCCCUGGAGAGCAUCCACAGACGGAACAGAAUCUCUUCCAUCGCAAAGAAUUUGUGAAAUGUGUGUCACAUCAUUUCAUCUGAUGUAAUUGAAGGUAUUUCCACUGUUCCAUAUUACUACAGAUCUCUAUAUAUACAAGAAAAUGAAUGGUUGUGCGUAUGAAUAUGUGUCAGCGCUCAAAAGCAACACGCUGCAAGUUUUUUUUCUUUUUUCCCUAUUUUUUUUUUUUUUUUACACUUUGAAUCUGAAACCAUCGAAUAGUCUGCAACUCUCCAGUACAAAAGUAAAGGACUCUUGCCAUUCAAGUUUUAGAUGACUAAACCAGCAAUUUUAGACUUCAUGGGUAUUUUUGCCAUUCAGUCAAGCAACUGUGAAUAUCUAUUAGAGAUUUUCUAACUAAUAUACAAAGAUACUGUCGCUUUCCAGAGACGUGUGGAUGCUGGUUAAGUCGUGAAAAUUUAAAGCAACAGAAAAAGAGACAUGAAUUAAGCAUCUCCUUACCCAGGUUGGUAUUGAUCGUGCUGUCUAUAUGAUGUCUUCACUGUUGUUUUUUUUUUUUUUUCUUACUGGAGUAGCAAAGUAAAUAACAGCGACAGCCAACAGCAACGGCCAUUGUGAAUAGAACGUUGGUGUCAUCGGAUCCAGUGCAGCUUUUAAUCAAUAUCGUGCCACAUAGAGAGUCAGGCCCUCACAGUUCAUUGCCAAACAAGUGUGCAGGUUUUUAUCCUCCUCAGCUCCGCUUGCUUCAUAUAAAAUCAGCGAGUAAUUCUUUGUAAAAGCAGAUGCUCUAGAAAAAGCAACAAGGUGCUCAACGAAACAUUUAAACCUCACCCAUUAUUGGCCAACUACAAAAAAAAAAAAAAUGGCAGAAUCUAGAAAAAAACUGCAAUCCCUUUAAAGGUUUUUUCUUUUUAAUUUGACUUGUAAUAUCCCUGAAGCAUGUUUGUUUGUAUGUAGCUAUAUUUUAACACGAUAAAUGAAUGCCCAUCGUUUGCUGUGACCUGACACAACGUUACCAGCUUGCUUUGUAUUUUCGUCACGCUCUUGGAUUAACCCGUGUUCCCAACAAAUACUGUAUCAUCGCCCCUUUAGUUUUACUCUAUGCUUCAGUCCAGAAAAUCCUACCGUUCUGCUCUGACCAAUGACUUUUUGAGUUGUCACUAGAGGUCAAAGUUGAUGUACGGAUCGUUCCUUUGCUACCACCGAGGUCACAUUUUCUUUGAGGAAUUGCAUCUCAAAAGAGACGGCAAAGGAGUCUCGUAUUGAUUUAGAAGCACUCGUUUGUUUUAUGAAUGACGCUGUAGAGUACAAUGCUCCAGACUAAACCAGUCAUACAUUUUGUCAGAAAAAGCCAACACUUGAAAAGAUGAAAAAAAAAAAUAUUGCACACCCGAGCAGCGCAUAUAAUCUCACGGCAAACCCAGCUUUAGCGACACCACCUCAGCAUGCACACCAUCUCUUUAUCCAUCUUGUACACUCUCGUCUGUGUAUAUAGAAUCGGUUUUCGAAUGAAUUAUUUUAUAUGAGAUUUAAGAUAUUUAAGAUUAAAAUAAGUCUACAUGUAAAGAAAGUUGUAUGGGAAAAAAAUGACCUCUCAAUGUUAAUACUCAGUAUCUGAGUUUAGAAAUGUCCUUUCUCUUUGUUUGUUUUCAAAUGGCUUUUUUCUGUUGUCUUCAUAAAGUAUGCAGACUCGCCAUGUGUUGUGAGACUUAUCCUGUCAUAUCAGAAAUAGAAAUGCACUACCCUUAAAAAAAAAAACGUUUGGCCUGCCAGAAUAGAACUUGUCACUUACGGUAUGUUUAUAAUAGAAAUGGUUGUUCAGACAGAAGUAUCUGAAAAAAAAAGAAAGAAGUGACUUCUGCAGACGAGAAAAGAUAGAAUAUUAAUGUGAUACUCCCUUUAUUUGAAUGCCAGGCUUUGAAUAGCAAAAAGAGGCCCCGGUAGACAUCAAAGAUGAUGCAUGAACCUCGUAGCUUUUCACAGGGCCGCUGGAGUACUUUCCAGGGUCUUGGAACAAAACGGGAUAUAAUGGGCCGAACUUAUGGGUUAUAAAGUGCUGGCUCACGAUUGAUCAUACGGUAGAAGCUCCUUUGAGCCACCUUGGAUGCUGGCAGUCAGUGGCCCCGGCUUUAUAGUUAUUGGAAAAACGAUUUGUAACAGUAUCACAAAGAAAUCAGGCCUCUCGUGCAAAACCCACAUUAAACUGAGAACAUUGGUCUAGGUUAAUUGCUGUACAACAUGUGUAUUUGCUGGUGGUGUGUCUUAGGAGCAGCCGGAGCUUUUCAGUGUCUGUGAGACGAUGUGUUUGGUAUAUCACAGGCUGCCGCCGUAGGCCGCCCUCUCUGUUGUCAUCAGUAGCAGACGUACUGCCCUAAAAGAGCUUGCUGGCUUAGUUUCGGCUCACCAGACUGCUGGAAUAUUCACCUGUGGUACUGUGACAAAACCUAAAGCCAGUUUUCACUUUUUUCUACAUUGACACAGAUUCCAAUAAAUGUAUUUUUUCACCAUGCAACGGA